CUUCUUUGAGGAAGCGCAUGUGCAAAACGUAAACAAAGUGUUUUGGGUAAUCUCACACCCAAUUGUCAUUUUUCGUGGAGAAUUUCUGUAAUCCGAAAUAGAGUAGGCUACAACAAAACAACAGGCAUUGCCAGCUGGUGAGAUUAUGGAGAAUGAUGAUGGCACCAAAGAAGACACCCAGUCACAAGUCAAGAACUCAGUCAGCAUGGAGAAGAACUGCUGCAACGAGGACACUUUCAGGCUUCACAUGGUCACGUGGAAUGUCGCUACAGCUGAUCCUCCAGAUGACAUCAGCUCCUUGCUUCACCUGAACUCCCCAAAGACCCCAGACCUCUAUGUGAUUGGUCUCCAGGAGGUGUACGCUGCUCCUCACAAGUUCAUCAUAGACAUGGCCGUUGAGGACUCCUGGAGCCAUCUCUUCAUGUCCAGCCUGGCACCACGAGGCUACCUGAAGGUGUCCUCCAUCCGCAUGCAGGGCCUCCUGCUGCUGUUCUUCUCCAAACUGGCCCACGUUCCAUUCAUUAGAGACAUCCAGGACACCUACACGCGCACAGGCAUCUUCGGCUACUGGGGGAAUAAAGGUGGGGUGUCCAUCCGCCUGUCUUUCUACGGCCACAUGCUCUGCUUCCUCAACUGUCACCUGGCAGCACACAUGCAGUACGCCUCGCAGCGCGUCGACGAGUUCGAGUACAUCCUGGACACACAGACCUUCGGCCCCAAAAAGACCCCGCACAUCCUCGACCACAAGCUGGUCUUUUGGUUUGGGGAUUUGAACUUCCGCAUCCAAGAUCACGGCAUGCAUUUUUUGCGCAACUGCAUCACCAGCCACAAGUUCAACUUGCUGUGGAGCAAAGACCAGCUGACCAUGAUGAAGAAGAAGGAGGCUUUCCUGCAGGAAUUUGACGAGGGACCUCUGGACUUUCAACCGACGUACAAAUUCGACAGGUUCUCUGACCGCUAUGACAGCAGGUCCUACCGGACAUGGUUUGGUUUUCAUGGUAAGAUGCGUAAGCCGGCCUGGACAGACCGGAUCCUGUGGAGGGUGAAGCCUAAAGAGCCACCCCCAGAGGAGGAGAAGGACGAGGACAGGGACUCUGGUCUGGAUGAGAAAAACACCAAGCAGCAGGAGGAGGAGGAAGAGUUCCCUCUGAAACUCAGGCAGGAUUCGUACACCAGCAACAUGGAGUACGGCGUCAGCGACCACAAGCCCGUCAUCGGCAUCUUUACCUUGGAGUUGAGGAAGAUGUACGAGACGCCGUUGGUGCGCGUGUGUGCCGAGGGUGAAUGGAGCGCCGACUUUGACGCCAUGGUGAUCUACAGCCCCCUCCAGCCCUUCCCUUCUAGCGCCUGGGACUGGAUAGGCCUCUACAAGGUGGGGUUCCGGAGUGUUUCGGACUACAUUACCUACACCUGGGUGAAGGAUGACGAGGUCUCGUUUAAUGACGAGCUCACCCAGGUCUAUGUGAGCAAGGAUGAGAUUCCGGUGCUGGGAGGGGAGUGUGUGCUCUGUUACUACUGCAGUACGCUCCAAUGCAUUGUGGGUAUUAGCUCACCCUUUAAGGUACAAGAGUCCAAAGUGGCCGUUGAGGAAGGUCUAGCACCGGAGAACAUCAACGGCCUUGACAAGGCCACAGCCAGUUAGGACCUGUGAGUGGACCAGACAUGCCCUCGAACACUGUCUGUCCGUCUAUGCUGUUACACAUCUGCCCUUUUGACCUUUGGUUGCCUGUCUGUAAGCUGCGGUGCUGCUGGAAUCAUGGAAUGUUACUUAAAAAUGAUAGGCCAGUGCACUUUGAAUUGAAUUAAUCGUACUGUUUAGCUUUCUUGUUCGCCACUGCCAGUUGUGGUGGCAACAGUAACCUGUGUGUUUAUUUCUGUUUGUUCAGAGGUUUAUCCCGCUUUUAAAAUCAGUCGCAGAGAGAUAUUGGCAGUAUCGCUUUAAGAAAGGUUCAGUGUUAGUUUUGUUCAGUGUAUUUUUUUGUUUUUGGUGUUUGUCUCUUUGGAUUCAUACAUAACACAUUGGACAUUGUCAGAUGUUCCAGGUAGCUUGUACAAAAGUUGAUCAUUGACAUCAAAGUCGUGGCUGUUUCACUUGAACAUUUGACCAAUCAUCUAAUGAUAUCAUUAAUGCAUGAUUAUCUCAUAAUUAUUUUAAAAAUAAUGCUUCAUAUAUUUUUAUUUUCCCCUUGCAAACUUAGUCGUCUGUUAACAAAACCCUUUGUGCUAUGCUAUUCCAUUUCAAUGCAAUUUCUAAUAGAGGAUAUGUUUGAGAAAUACAGUGAGCGCCAUAA